AUGGACUUUCAGCAAAAAGAGUCCCAGAAAAAUGGAAAAGAACUUCUAGCUGAAGAAAAGAUAUCUAUUCCUGAAAAUCUAGAGGACCUGGCUGACCUGACUGUGAAAUGUAAGUGCCGAGCAUCAAAUGCUGGCUCCAACAGUGGACAGCCUCAUGAAAGGAGAAAGACCUCUGAUGCAAAUGAAACUGAAGAUUACUUAGAAUCUUUCAUAUGCAAAGUGGGGGAAAAGAGUGCCUGUUCUUUGGAGAGAAACCUACAGGGCUUAGCCGGGGUUUUAGAAGCUGAACUUCCUAACUAUAAGAGCAACAUCUUGAGGCUUCUUUGUACAGUUGCACGUCUGUUACCUGAGAAGUUGACAAUUUAUACGACAUUAGUUGGACUCCUCAAUGCCAGAAAUUACAACUUUGGUGGAGAAUUUGUAGAAGCUAUGAUUCAUCAACUUAAAGAAUCGCUGAAAGCAAACAAUUAUAAUGAAGCUGUAUAUUUGGUCUGGUUUUUAUCUGAUCUUGUGAAUUGUCAUGUGAUUACUGCCCCAUCAAUGGCAGCUAUGUUUGAAAAUUUGGUGAGCGUAACCCAGGAAGAUGUGUCUCAGGUGCAACGAGACUGGCAUGUGUAUGCAUUUCUGUCAUCUUUGCCCUCGAUUGGAAAGGGCUUAUAUGGAAAGAAAGACGCAGAGAUGGACCGCAUCUCUGCCAACACUGAAAGCUAUCUUAAAAGAUGCCAAAAGACUCAUGUGCCUGUGUUACAAGUAUGGACUGCGGAUAAACCACAUCCACAAGAAGAGUAUUUAGAUAGCCUGUGAACUCAGACUCAGAAAUUGAAAAAGGAUCACUGGCAGGAACGGCACAUCCUGAGACCUUAUCUUGCCUUUGCAGCAUCCUGUGUGAAGCACAACCUGCCCCCUUUUACACCACCUCCUCACACUGAUGAUUCAGUGUACCUGAUGCCAACGGUCGUCUUCAGAAUACUUGAUGACACAGAUGAUCCUGAGUGUCCUGUUAUGCCCGGAAGUCAUUCAGUGGGAAGAUUUGCAAUAGAAGAGAGUCUUCACUGCAUCAUUACGUCUCAUUGGGAGGAAAGGAAGACUUGUGCCACACAACUAGUGAGCUAUCCCAGGAAGAACAAGAUCCCCUUGAACUACCACAUGGCUGAGGUGAUUUUUGCAGAGCUUUUUCAACUCCCAGCACUCCCUCACAUUGAUGUGAUAUAUACUACAUUUCUCACUGAACUGUGCAAACAUCAACCUAGCUCUCUACCCAGAGUUCUUGCACAGGCAACUGAAAUAUUAUACAUUACUGAGGAGUAUGUCAAUCAAAGAACAUCAGUGAACACUGGUUUCUGA